ACCAUUUACAUUAUUUUAGGAGAAAGCUUAAUUUAUUGUUUCCUUUGAGCUAUACUUUCCUUUCCGUCAUUAGCUUGUUUUAUUUUCAUUGAAUUUGUAUCAUAUAGUUACUUCCUUUAUUUUGUUGAUGGAGCAGAUUUCUUGGAAUUACUUACUCCUGCAAACUGAAUAAUUGCUGGACGUUAUUAGAUCUUGGUUACCAUGGAUUUUCUUGAACCAAUGAUAGCCUUAAACGAGACACAUUAUCAAGACGGUUAUAGAGAUGGUUAUGAUGAUGGCUUGGUAUCCGGAAAGGAAGAAGGAAGGCAGGUCGGGUUAAAGAUGGGUUUCCAAGUAGGUGAAGAGCUAGGAUUCUAUCAGGGCUGCUUGGAUGUGUGGAUCUCAAUAAUUCGCCUUGAUCAAGAUGCAUUCUCAGCUCGGGUCAGGAAAUACAUGGAGCAACUAGCUACACUUCUAAGCAACUAUCCUUUGUCUGAUCCAGAGAAUAAUCACCUUCAAGACAUGAUGAAGGAGAUAAGGCUGAAAUUCAGGGUUAUCACGGGAAGCUUAGGAGCAAAAUUGGGGUAUGAAGGUCGUCCCACAUCAUCAGAGCAAGACCUUGAGGAUAUUUAGCUGGUUUAGCAUUAUCGAUAGGGUUCUUAUGGAUUAUUUAAUCUCAGCACCACUUUGAAACUGAUAUUUGGUGUCUAUAUUGUUUGCUUUUGAUUUUGGACUUAUGAUGUUCAGUUUCACGUAUGUUGCUAAAGGUCUGGAAGGAAAUGUGCUGCCACUGGGAUAAUGGAGGAUACCUGAAGCAGUGUAUCUAACAACCACUUAAAGUCUCUUCAACUUGAGAAUAUUUUGGAGUCAUGUUAUUUCUUAUCUCUCUUCUUAUCUUUUCAAGAUGAGAUGGUAUUCUUUGCUGUACUGAACACAUAGCUAUUUUAUGCCAGUCGCAUGUAUUUCCACUCUAAGCAAUGAUCAGUUUUUCAUUGGCUUUUAUAUCGUACAGUACUACUUUAAAUGCUAUAUGCUUACCUGACAAAUGUCUUAUUGAUGCUUCUAGUUUAUACAUGAUGUCAGGAUAUU